AUGGGCAAGAAAUGGCGAUAUGGAAUUGUCCUGGACGCUGGAUCCUCGGGGACGCGGUUGCACAUUUACAAGUGGAAAGAUCCCGCAAAGGCCAGGAAAAAAGCCUCAAAAGAAGAACUAGGUAGCCUGCCGAAACUGCACACGGAGAAGAAAUGGACCAAGAAGAUACACCCAGGCGUGUCUACCUACGGCGAGAACCCAACCGCCGUCGGACCGGAUCACCUCAAGGGCCUCGUCGACCACGCUCUCGAUGUCAUCCCGCAAGACCAGAUCGAUGACACUCCCAUAUUCCUGAUGGCAACGGCCGGUAUGCGACUGCUCCCCAAGGUUCAGCAGUCCGCCCUCACUCGCGAAAUUUGCUCCUAUCUCCGUGCCAACACCGAAUUCUCGCUCCCGGAUUGCGACCUGCACAUCCAGGUCAUCCCAGGUGAAACAGAAGGUUUAUACGGCUGGAUAGCGACGAAUUACCUGCUCGGCGGCUUCGACCGCCCUCAAGACCACAACCACGGCAAGGGACACAACACCUACGGCUUCCUCGACAUGGGUGGCGCCUCUGCACAAAUUGCUUUCGCGCCAAAUGCGACCGAGGCUGCGAAGCAUGCCGACGAUCUGAAGCUUCUGCGCAUGAGGACAUUGGAUGGGGAACGGUCCGAGUAUAAGGUCUUCACAGCCACUUGGCUAGGAUUCGGCGUGAACCAGGCCCGGGAGAAUUAUGUUAAGAAGCUCGUGGACAUGUAUGACGCCGAUGUCAAGGAACUUCCCGAUCCAUGCCUGCCCAAGGGGCUGCGAACCACAACGUCCGGGGAACCUGUGGAUGCCGCCUCUUUGACCGGCCCGGUGUUAUUGGGAACCGGAGACUUCACGAGUUGUUUGAAGCAGACAUUUCCUCUGCUGGGAAAAGACGCACCGUGUGUGGACGAGCCGUGCUUGUUGAAUGGCCAGCACGUUCCUGCCAUCGACUUUGACGUCAAUCACUUUGUCGGCGUGUCAGAGUAUUGGCAUACGACACACGGUGUCUUUGGAAAGGGCGACACUGCGUACGAUCUCAAGACAUACCAAAGCAAGGUGGAAGACUUCUGCACCACAGACUGGGAUGCCAUCGUGAAUACGAAGAUUGAUGCGCGGAAGAAGGACCAUUCCAAAAAUGCCCAAGAGGCAUGUUUCAAGGCGUCAUGGCUGAUCAACGUCCUGCACGACGGCAUUGGCGUUCCGCGACUGGGUCUGGACCACACGCCCACCGUCAACGCGUCCCAAAGCGCGUUGGAGCAAGCCAAGGACAAGGGUUUCCUGGACCCCUUCCAGCCGGUGGACAAAAUAGACGGCAUCGAGGUUAGCUGGACUUUAGGGCCCAUGGUCCUGUAUGCUGCUGGGCAAAUCCCCCCCAGGAGCACCGACUUCCUACCUGUCGGCUUCGGCGGCAACACGAACACCGUACCGGACGAUUUCAACUACGCCGGCUCGAGCUUCAAGACGGGCAGUGAUGACGACGACGAUUGGGACGACGCGAUCGAGGACCUGGUCGACCAUGCCAAGCCGAGCAAAUCAUCCAGUUUCCUUCUUUUCAUCUUGGUCUUGCUAUUGAUUGGCUACUUCUUCCGAAAGAGAGAUCGCAGGAUGCGCUUCCUCAACAAGUUUGGCGGAUUUACUGGACGGUGGAGGAAGUCUGGCAGUCCCAAGAAGAACGCGCGGGGCCUCGAGUCAGUUGAGCUGGGCGACAUCGAUUCGGACGAGAACGACCACUCCGACAGCAGCGAGGGCUCAAAGCUAGGCAGGACCUCUGGGCUGGCGACUCCCAAGCUGACUAUGGAUCGAUUUGACUCGGGCUCAGCCCUUGACCGAGCAGGACUGGUUGUGCGGACCGAAAGCCGGGAGCGACUCGUACCGCCUAGCAUGUUCAGCAACCCGGGCCGGCGAAGCAGGGCUGGCAGUCCUACCAGGCUCAAGAGCCCCUUGAUGGCACCAUUGCAAGAAGAUUGA